AUGCAGGCAGUACAGGUACUGAAGAAACUGUUCGAUAACUACAGACAGACAACAUCAGGAAAGCUGAAAAUCAUCGAUGCUUAUAUGUUGUACAUCUUGUUGACAGGGAUCGCACAGUUCUCGAAUGUUGAGGUUAUUCGUAUAGGAUCGGAGUCGAUAAAAAUAGUUUUUCAGUUUCUGUAUUGCGUGCUGGUUGGAACGUUUCCGUUCAACUCCUUCUUGUCCGGAUUCAUUUCCACUAUCACAUCGUUUGUCCUGGCUUCAUGUCUUCGUACUCAAGUGAACGAUGAAAACAAAGCAGAGUUCUCGCACAUUUCACCGGAACGAGCGUUUGCUGACUUCAUAUUCGCUCAUAAGUGCGAUGAUGCUAUGCUAAUUAAUGAUUUUAGUUACCCUACCUAUGGAGCUUAUGGAGCAUCGGCGUUUUUAUUGGCAAUAUACUUCUGUGAAUGGAAGACCGUUGGACAGUACAUUCCACUUUGGAACAAACGUUAUGCGGCAGAUUGA